CUCAGCUCUACACACCUUUCUACCGAUUACUCUCAGUCUACCACAUUUAUUAGCAUGUCGACGCCCAAGACUUCCUGGGAGGACCUUGCCCGCCUGGGCUGGCCCAUCUACGACGUCUACAAGAAGGCCAACGCGGCUCGCGGCGGUACCAUGAACGGCACGGGCGAUAUCUCGCUCAACGCUGGUAUCGCUGCCGAGUAUCAGUGGUGGUCCUACAACACGACGAUCGGAAAGCCGUACGUCCUCGGGCGCGUCCCCAAGGACAUCACUCGCGAGGAGGUCGCCUGGUCCUACGACAACACGAAGAACACGGAGGACUACACCGACGAGUGGACGGAGUCGUGGACCAACACGAACUCCGCCACCCUCACCGUCACCAACAGUGCGUCUAUCACGCUCAGCGCUAGCAUCACCAUCGAGGACGUCGCUUCGUCGGGCUUCGAGUUCACCAUCUCGACCGAGUCGUCUUCCACGGAGACUAAGGAAACUACCCACGACCUGAGCCACACCUGGACCAUGACCGUUCAUCCAGGCGAGAAGCUGACGCUGUACCGUGUCAUCUCUACGGUUGGCGAAACCGUCGAGUACGGCCAGGACUUUGGCAUUGCGGACGGUAGUCUGCUGGGCACCAAGGGAGAUAAGUACGCCGGACACUACUAUUGGGGCAUGUAUGUGAACACCCUCUGCAACGCGCCGCGCGGGCGUCUGGAUCUGCACGGCAGCAGCAAGAACGUCACGUACACGUUCAAGCUCGUGCGCGAGACGAAGGACGGGAAGAAGGUGGCGACGCCGCUCCCCGUCGACGCCUAUCGGACCAAGGAUGGUAGUGCUGCCAUUCUCGGCAAGGAGACCAAGUGGGCGAAGGACUCGAAGGCUGUCUGCGGCGAUGGCACGGCUCAGGUCAUGGUUGCUGCCCCCGGCGACGAGUAAUGGUCAACUGAACGAGAUAGGCCUGCCAAAGUAGCGAUAUUGAGGAUUGACUUGUACGAAACCGAUCUUGUACCUUGUGUCUGUAGUAUGCUUUUCGUUGAUCUUGUGAAUGUCAUUUCCAGAGCCUGAACGUUGAUGGUCGUGCAAAGAAAUCCUGUAUGGUCAUCUCUUCAUUGCCAUCCACUUCCUACUGUGCCCUUGGCUUGCCCGCAUCCUUUUCCACAUCCCUCUGUAAAGAAUAUGCAUUGGCCAUCCAUCAGUAGAGGACUCGCCAUCGUCG